CCCCGGGAGCCGCACGGGCCCGGCCCGGUGCCCCCAUGGCUCUGGUGCUGCAGCUCCGCUCCGUCUCCGGCCUCCGCGGCAAAGGCGACCGCAUCGCCAAAGCGGCGUUCCGGGGACUUUCCUUCUACACCCGAGUGUUGGAAAACUGCGAGGACGAGGCCAAGUUUGAUGAGACUUUCCGCUGGCCGGUGGCGACCAACAUCGACGGGAACGAGAUCCUGGAGAUCCAAGUGUUCAACUACAGCAAAGUCUUCACCAACAGGCUCAUCGGGACGUUCCGGAUGGUCCUGCAGAAGGUGGUGGCGGAAGGGCAGCUGGAGGUGACGGACACGCUCAUCGACGACAACAAUUCCGCCAUCCAGACCAGCAUCUCCAUCGAGAUCCGCUACCAGGCUCUGGGUGGGACGGUGGGCACCUGGAGUGACAAGGAGUUCCUGGAGACGCCCAGCGAGCACUCGGAGGGAGAUGGGAGAUAUUCCUUGGAGACCGACAGUCUCCUGUCCGGCCACCGGCACGGCUCCGAUGUUCCUCCCGGGAAAUCCAACCAGCAACCCUCGGAGAGGAGCUUCAGGAGGAUGGAAGAGGACGAGCUGUAUUUCCACAGCGAGGAUGAGCUCCUGGGAGAGGGGGAUUCCCUGAGCCAGGGAUCCCUGGACACGAGGAUUAAGUUUAACGAUGGAUACAAGGCAGUGGCAAGCGAAGACCCGGAAGAUCCCAGAUCCAAGGCCAAAGGGAAGGAGAAAAAACACCUGGUGUUGCCGUUCAGCAAAGGCAAGGAGAAGACCAAGGAGCACAAAGCUGGAAAAGGAGUUUUUUCAGCCAUGAAGCUUGGAAAGACCCGUCCAUCCAAGGAGGAGCAUCGGAAACAAGAUGAUCCGGCUGUUCUGGAAACAGAAGACCUGGAUAGAAAGGCCAUGAGAUAUGGAGCAGGGCUGGAGCCAGACACCAUCUCCCUGGCCUCUGUCACCGCUGUCACCACCAAUGUCUCCAACAAAAGGUCCAAGCCGGACAUCAGGAUGGAGCCGAGUGCCGGGAGGCCCAUGGAUUACCAGGUCAGCAUCACCAUCAUCGAGGCCCGGCAGCUCGUGGGGCUCAACAUGGACCCCGUGGUGUGCGUGGAGGUGGGGGAGGAGAAGAAAUACACGUCCAUGAAGGAAUCCACCAAUUGUCCUUACUACAAUGAGUAUUUCGUCUUCGAUUUCCACGUUCCCCCCGAUGUCAUGUUCGACAAGAUCAUCAAGCUCUCCGUGAUCCACUCCAAAAACCUCCUGAGGAGCGGGACGUUGGUGGGGUCCUUCAAGAUGGAUGUUGGCACUGUUUAUACCCAGCCUGAGCACCAGUUUUACCACAAAUGGGCCAUCCUGUCCGACCCCGAGGACCUCACGGCCGGCCUCAAGGGCUACCUCAAGUGUGACAUCGCCGUGGUGGGCAAAGGGGACAACAUCAAGACCCCGCACAAGGCCAACGAGACAGAGGAGGAUGACAUCGAAGGGAACCUGCUGCUCCCAGACGGGGUCCCCCCGGAGCGGCAGUGGGCUCGGUUCUACAUCAAGAUCUACCGCGCCGAGGGGCUGCCGCGCAUGAACACCAGCAUCAUGGCCAACGUCAAGAAGGCCCUCAUCGGGGAGAACAAGGACCUGGUGGACCCCUACGUGCAGGUGGCCUUCGCGGGGCAGAAGGGAAAGACAUCCAUCCAGAAGAGCAGCUACGAGCCCCUCUGGAAUGAGCAGAUCAUCUUCACGGAGAUGUUUCCCCCGCUGUGCAAACGGAUCAAGAUCCAGAUCCGGGACUCGGACAAGGUCAACGACGUGGCCAUCGGGACCCAUUUCAUCGAUCUGAGGAAGGUCUCCAACGAAGGGGACAAAGGUUUCCUGCCCACCUUCGGGCCCGCCUGGGUGAACAUGUACGGCUCCACGCGGAACUACACCCUGAUGGACGAGCACCAGGAGCUCAACGAGGGCCUGGGCGAGGGCGUCUCCUUCCGUGCCCGGCUCCUGCUGGGGCUGGCCGUGGAGAUCCUGGACACCACCAACCCCGAGAUCAACAGCUCCACUGAGGUGCAGGUGGAGCAGGCCACGGCGGUGGCUGACAACUGCAGUGGGAAGAUGGAGGAAUUCUUCCUCUUCGGAGCCUUCCUGGAGGCCACCAUGAUCGACAGGAAGAUUGGGGACAAACCCAUUAACUUCGAGGUCACCAUAGGUAACUAUGGCAACCAGGUGGAUGGCUCCAGCAAACCCCUCCUGCGGAGGAAGAAAGAGGGAGGGGAUGGGGACGAGGAGGAGUCGGAGCUGCUCCAGAACUCCAGUGAGGAUGAAGGUGGUGAGGAUGGAGAGAUGGUUUCAGUUUCUUCAUCCCAGCCCAUGAAGCCUCUGGUCACGGACAGGAACUACUUCCACCUGCCCUACCUGGAGAAGAAGCCCUGCAUCUACAUCCGGAGCUGGUGGCAGGACCAGCGGCGCCGGCUCUACAACGCCAACAUCAUGGACAAGAUCGCAGACAAGCUGGAGGAGGGCCUCAACGACGUGCAGGAGAUGAUCAAGACGGAGAAGCCGCACCCGGAGCGCCGUCUCCGAGGGGUCCUGGAGGAGCUGAGCAGCGGCUGCCUGCGCUUCCUGACCUUGGCUGACAAGGACCAGCACCACUCGUCCCGCACGAGGCUGGACCGGGAGAGGCUCAAAUCCUGCAUGAGGGAACUGGAGAACAUGGCCCAGCAGGCCACGGCCCUGCGCUCCCAGGUGAAGAGGAACACCAUGAAGGACAAGCUGAAGCUGGUGCAGAACUUCCUGCAGAAGCUGCGGUUCCUGGCGGAUGAGCCCCAGCACACGAUUCCCGACGUUUUCAUCUGGAUGAUGAGCAACAACAAGCGCAUCGCCUACGCCCGCAUCCCUUCCAAGGACAUCCUCUACUCCAUCGUGGAGGAGGAGAUGGGCAAGGACUGCGCCAAAGUGAAGACGGUUUUCCUCAAGCUCCCCGGGAAGAGGGGCUUCGGCCCUGCUGGCUGGACAGUCCAGGCCAAGAUGGAGAUCUACCUGUGGCUGGGCCUCAACAAGCAGCGCAAGGACUUCCUGAGCGGCCUCCCCUGUGGGUUCGAGGAGAGGAAAAUCCCCCAAGGCCAAAACCUGCCCUCCUUCCCACCCAUCAGCCUCCUGUACACCAAGAAGCAGGUGUUCCAGCUGCGAGCCCACAUGUACCAAGCCAGGAGCUUGUUCGCGGCCGACAGCAGCGGGCUCUCGGAUCCCUUCGCACGGGUCUUCUUCAUCUCCCAGAGCCAGUGCACCGAGGUUCUCAACGAGACUCUUUGCCCGACCUGGGACCAGCUCCUGGUGUUCGACAACGUGGAGCUGUACGGGGAAGCUCACGAGAUGAGGGAUGACCCCCCCAUCAUCGUCAUCGAGAUCUACGACCAGGACACCGUGGGAAAAGCCGACUUCAUGGGCCGGACUUUCGCCAAGCCGGUGGUGAAGAUGUCGGACGAGCAGUACUGCCCGCCGCGCUUCCCGCCACAGCUGGAAUAUUACCAGAUCUACCGCGGCAACGCCACAGCCGGAGACCUUCUGGCCGCCUUUGAGCUGCUCCAGAUCGGCCCUGGGGGUAAAUCAGACCUGCCCCCCAUCGACGGCCCCACGGACAUGGACCGAGGUCCCAUCCUGCCGGUGCCGCUGGGAAUUCGGCCGGUGUUGAGCAGAUACAGAGUGGAGAUCUUGUUCUGGGGGCUCAGGGACCUGAAGAGAGUGAACCUGGCCCAGGUGGACCGGCCCCGUGUGGACAUCGAGUGUGCCGGGAAGGGUGUCCAGUCUGCCCUGAUCCAGAACUACAAGAAAAACCCCAACUUCAGCACUCUGGUCAAGUGGUUCGAGGUGGACCUCCCGGAGAACGAGCUGCUGCACCCGCCCCUGAACAUCCGCGUGGUGGACUGCCGCGCCUUCGGGCGCUACACCCUGGUGGGCUCCCACACCGUCAGCUCCCUCCGCAAGUUCAUCUACCGCCCGCCCGACAAGAAGGCCCAGCACUGGAACAUGGCAGCCAAACACCUCAACGGCUACCUGGCCAUGACCAGCAGGGCCCAUCGCUCUCGCCCCACAGGGGAGAUCGUGGUCAACAUGGAACCUGAAGUCCCCAUCAAGAAGAUGGACACGAUGGUGAAGCUGGAAGCUAAUUCCGACGCAGUGGUGAAGGUGGAUGUGACCGAGGAAGAGAAGGAGAAAAAGAAGAAGAAGAAGAAAGGAGGAGGAGGAGGAGGAGGAGGUGGGGAGGAAGUAGAGGAGGAGGAGCCAGACGAGAGCAUGUUGGACUGGUGGUCCAAGUACUUCGCUUCCAUUGAGACGAUGAAGGAGCAACUCCGGCAGCAGGAAGCGGCCGCGGCAGAAGCGGAGGAGAAGGAGGAGAUGGAGAUUGGAGAGGGUUCCAAGGCCCAGGUGAAGAACAAGGACAAGGACAAGUCCAAGGCACCCAAAGAUGACAAGAAAAAGAAGCAGCAGCCUGUCCCUGAGCUCCCAGAGAAGAAGAACAAGCAGAAGAUCGAUGAACUCAAGGUCUUCAACAAAGAGCUGGAAACAGAGUUUGACAACUUUGAGGAUUGGCUGCACACCUUCAACCUGCUCCGGGGGAAGAUUGGGGACAACGAUGACAACGCCACGGAGGAGGAGCGGAUAGUGGGGAGGUUCAAAGGUUCCAUGUGCGUCUACAAAGUGCCGCUCCCCGAUGACAUCAGCAAGGAGGCAGGAUAUGACCCCACCUUCGGGAUGUUCCAGGGGAUCCCCAGCAACGACCCCAUCAACGUGCUGGUCCGAGUCUACAUCGUGCGGGCCACGGACCUCCAUCCGGCCGACAUCAACGGGAAAGCCGAUCCCUACAUCGCCAUCAAGCUGGGCAAGACGGACAUCAAGGACAAGGAGAACUACAUCUCCAAGCAGCUAAACCCCGUUUUUGGGAAAUCCUUCGACAUCGAGGCCACCUUCCCCAUGGAGUCCAUGCUGACCGUGGCCGUGUACGACUGGGACUUGGUGGGCACUGACGACCUGAUCGGGGAGACCAAGAUCGACCUGGAGAAUCGCUUCUACAGCAAGCACCGGGCGACCUGCGGCGUGUCCCAGACCUACUCCAUCCACGGGUACAACACCUGGCGUGACCCCAUGAAGCCUUCCCAAAUCCUGUCCAAGCUGUGCAAAGAGGGAAAAGUGGAUGGGCCGCACUUCGGGCCAGGGGGAAGGGUGAAAGUCGCCAACAGGGUCUUCACCGGCCCCACGGAGAUCGAGGACGAAAAUGGCCAGAAGAAGCCGACGGACGAGCACCUGGCGCUGGCGGUGCUGCGGCACUGGGAGGACAUCCCACGGGCUGGCUGCCGCCUCGUCCCCGAGCACGUGGAGACACGGCCGCUGCUCAACCCCGACAAGCCGGGCAUCGAGCAGGGCCGCCUGGAGAUGUGGGUGGACAUGUUCCCCAUGGAUAUGCCAGCGCCCGGCCCUGCCAUCGAUAUUUCUCCCAGGAAACCAAAGAAGUACGAGCUCAGGGUGAUCGUGUGGAACACCGACGAGGUCAUCCUGGAGGACGACGACUACUUCACCGGCGAGAAGUCCAGUGACAUUUUUGUCAGGGGGUGGCUGAAGGGGCAGCAGGAGGACAAGCAGGACACGGACGUCCAUUACCACUCCCUCACUGGUGAAGGCAACUUCAACUGGCGCUACAUCUUCCCCUUCGACUACCUGAUGGCCGAGGAGAAGAUCGUCAUCUCCAAGAAGGAGUCCAUGUUCUCCUGGGAUGAGACCGAGUACAAGAUCCCCGCCCGCCUCACCCUGCAGGUCUGGGACGCCGACCACUUCUCGGCCGAUGAUUUCCUGGGGGCCAUUGAGCUGGAUCUGAACCGCUUCCCCCGAGGAGCCAAGACGUCCAAGCAGUGCAGCCUGGAGAUGGUGACCAACGAGGCUGAGCUGCCCAUGAUCUCCAUCUUCAAGCAGAAGCGGGUCAAGGGCUGGUGGCCGUUCGUGGCCAGAGACGAGAACGACGAGCUGGAGAUCACCGGCAAAGUCGAGGCUGAGCUGCACCUUCUGACAGCGGAGGAGGCUGAGAAAUCCCCCGCCGGGCUGGCUCGGAAUGAGCCUGAUCCCCUGGAGAAGCCCAACCGCCCGGACACGUCGUUCAUCUGGUUCCUGAACCCGCUCAAGUCCAUCAAAUACCUCAUCUGCACCCGCUACAAGUGGCUCAUCAUCAAGAUCGUGCUGGCCCUACUGCUGCUCAUCAUGGUGGCCCUGUUCCUCUACAGCAUGCCCGGAUACAUGGUCAAGAAGCUGCUGGGAGCAUGAAGGGCUGGAGCCUCUCCCAUGUCCCCAGCCCCAGGCACAACCUUCCCAGCUUUGUGUCCUUCUCCUCCCCGUGACCUCUGGGCAACCUGGGGGUGUUUCCUCCCUGCUGCUGCUGCUGCUGCUGGGUCUCCUCUUUGCGUUCCUUCUCUGGGGGUCCCACUCAGGCUUUAGUGCCAGGGGAAUGGGGUGGGAGUGGGGCAAAGAUCCCCCGACUCUGCAUCCCACUCCGGGGCUGGGAGAGUGCCCAGGUGGCUCCUGGGGGAGUCUCCGAGGUUUCUGCCUGCUGGAGUCAUGGAUGGUGCCUUCUGGGGAAUCAGGGGAAGGAAUGGGGAGCUGGGGCUGCAUCACUGGAGCUGUGGGAGUGCUCUAGAAAGGCUCCUUGGAGAGAUGUUCAAAAUCCAGGAUGGAGCAGAGAGCUGGGAUGGAGCAGCUGGGAACGUGCCAGCCCCAGCACCAUCCUCACUGCCAGCACCAUCCCAGUGCCAGCACCAUCUCUGCUCCACUCUGAGCUCUGGAAAAUCACGUUCCCUGGCACAGGGAUCUGUCCCACCCUGGGAAUGGUGGACAUGGUACCCAGCAGAGAGGACACAGAGCAUCCCCAGCACCAUCCCUGCUCCACUCUGAGCUCUGGAAAAUCACGUUCCCUGGCACAGGGAGCUGUCCCACCUCGGGAAUGGUGGACAUGGUGCCCACCAGAGUGAGGGGGCACAGAGCAUCCCCAGUGCCUGUCCUCACUCUACUUGGAGCUCUGGAGGUCACAUUCCCCAGCACAGGGAUCUGUCCCACCCCGGGAAUUGUGGACAUGGUGUCCAGCAGUGAGGGCACAGAGCAUCCCCAGCACCAUCCCUGCUCCACCUGGAGCUCUGGAGGUCACAUUCCCUGUCACAGGGAUCUGUCCCACCUUGGGAACGCUGGACAUGGUGCCCAGCAGAGUGAGGGGGCACAGAGCACCCCCAGUGCCUGUCCCCACUCCUCUUGGAGCUCUGGAGGUCACAUUCCCCAGCACAGGGAUCUGUCCCACCCCGGGAAUGGUGGACAUGGUGCCCAGCAGUGAGGACACAGAGCAUCCCCAGCACCAUCCCCACUGCCACCACUGUCCCUGCUCCACUUGGAGCUCUGGAGGUCACAUUCCCCGUCACAGGGAUCUGUCCCACCCCGGGAACGCUGGACAUGGUGCCCAGCAGUGAGGGCACAGAGCAUCCCCAGCACCAUCCCCACUCCACCUGGUCCUCUGGAGGUCACAUUCCCACCUCGGGAAUGCUGGACAUGGUGUCCAGCAGACUGAGGGGGCACAGAGCACCCCCAGUGCCUGUCCCCACUGCCACCACUGUCCCUGCUCCACUUGGAGGUCUGGAGGUCACAUUCCCUGUCACAGGGAUCUGUCCCACCUCGGGAAUGGUGGACAUGGUGCCCAGCAGAGUGAGGGGGCACAGAGCAUCCCCAGCACCAUCCCCACUCCACCUGGAGCUCUGGAGGUCACGUUCCCUGUCACAGGGAUCUGUUCCACCCCAGGAAUGGUGGACAUAGUGCCCAGCAGUGAGGGCAUAGAGCACCCCCAGUGCCUGUCCCCACUCCACAUGGACCUCUGGAGGUCACAUUCCCUGGCACAGGGAUCUGUCCCACCUCGGGAAUGCUGGACAUGGUGCCCAGCAGUGAGGACACAGACCAUCCCCAACACCAUCCCCACUCCACCUGGACCUCUGGAGGUCACAUUCCCUAGAACAGGGAUCUGUCCCACCCCGGGAAUUGUGGACAUGGUGCCCAGCAGUGAGGACACAGAGCACCCCCAGCACCAUCCCCACUCCACCUGGAGCUCUGGAGGUCACAUUCCCACCUUGGGAAUGCUGGACAUGGUGCCCAGCAGUGAGGGCACAGAGCAUCCCCAGUGCCUGUCCCCACUGCCAGCACCAUCCCUGCUCCACUCUGAGCUCUGGAGGUCACAUUCCCCAGCACAGGGAGCUGUCCCACCUCGGGAAUGGUGGACAUGGUGCCCAGCAGUGAGGACACAGAGCACCCCCAGCACCAUCCCCACUCCACCUGGAGCUCUGGAGGUCACAUUCCCACCUUGGGAAUGCUGGACAUGGUGCCCAGCAGUGAGGGCACAGAGCAUCCCCAGUGCCUGUCCCCACUGCCAGCACCAUCCCUGCUCCACUCUGAGCUCUGGAGGUCACAUUCCCCAGCACAGGGAUCUGUCCCACCCCGGGAAUUGUGGACAUGGUGCCCAGCAGUGAGGGCAUAGAGCACCCCCAGUGCCUGUCCUCACUCCACUCGGAGGUCUGGAGGUCACAUUCCCUGUCACAGGGAUCUGUCCCACCUCGGGAAUGCUGGACAUGGUGCCCAGCAGUGAGGACACAGAGCAUCCCCAGUGCCCUUCCCCACUGCCAGCACCAUCCCUGCUCCACUUGGAGCUCUGGAGGUCACAUUCCCCAGCACAGGGAUCUGUCCCACCUCGGGAAUGCUGGACAUGGUGCCCAGCAGUGAGGGCACAGAGCAUCCCCAGCACCAGCCCCACUCCACUUGGAGCUCUGGAGGUCACAUUCUCCAGCACAGGGAUCUGUCCCACCUCGGGAAUGGUGGACAUGGUGCCCAGCAGUGAGGGCACAGAGCAUCCACAGUGCCUGUCCCCACUGCCAGCACCAUCCCAGUGCCAGCACCAUCUCUGCUCCACUCUGAGCUCUGGAAAAUCACGUUCCCCGGCACAGGGAUCUGUCCCACCUCGGGAACGCUGGACAUGGUGCCCAGCAGUGAGGACACAGACCAUCCCCAGCACCAUCCCUGCUCCACCUGGACCUCUGGAGGUCACAUUCCCACCCCGGGAAUGCUGGACAUGGUGCCCAGCAGAUCCCACAGAGAACCCUGAGGUGGACCAAGGGCACACCCUGCCCUUUGUCCCCACAGCUCCAGCAGAGACUGGGACGUGUCCCACAUCUCAAAUGUCUUCCCAAGAUCACCCACCCAGAGGUGGGUGCACAUCGCCAGGGCUCUCAGCUCCUCUGGCACAGUGUGAGCUCCCGGUGUCCUUCUGGAUUCUCCGUGUAUUUUGUUUGGCUUGGUAACUUUGUGGCUGGAGUCCUUCUGGCCGUGUGUCCUCGGGAAGGGCUCUGUCCUCAGCUCUCCACCACACUCAGCUGCUGCAGAAUCGCCUUUCCCACCUCUCGGUGCCCAACACCCCCACUGAAGAACUGAGGACGUCUCAGACGUGUUUUAAUGAGGAUAUUGCUGUUCCAAUCAGUCAAUAAAAACCAGUUUUCACGUC